AUGUCUCCAAAGAACGUGGGUGAGCCGGAUGAGAUCACCGGACAGAGCGCCCUUCCCAUUUCUCGCAUCAAGAAGAUCAUCCAGCUCGACGACGAUAUUGUACAAUGUUCCAAUAAUGCGACCUUUGUCAUCGCUAUGGCCACGGAGAUGUUCAUCCAGUAUCUCGCCGAGCAGGGACACAAUGUGGCCAAGUCUGAACGGAAACCGCGAAAGACCGUGCAAUACAAGGAUCUAGCUUCCGCCGUCUCACACAUAGAUAACCUCGAAUUUCUAGCCGACGUGAUCCCCAAGACUACGACAUACAAGCAGUUUAAGGAGAAGAAGGCCAAGGAGGCCGCCAAACAAACCGAGAUGGAGAAGGGCCAGCGUACCCUGAAUGGAGCCGGCGCUGCCUCCAGUAACACCAAUGGCGCCUUAGCCGACCUCGCGCCCACUCAGAAUGAAACGACAGCAUCCUCACCAUCAGUCCCUCGCACACCCGUGGUCCCGGUGAGCGCGCUGAUCGCGGAUCGAACGGUUGAUUCCUCGGCUCGAAAUGACACCGACGUCGAGAUGAAGGACUAG